UUCCUGUUAUGUUCACUAAUUAAUGUACUGUCAUGUUUUCAUUCAAUAUGAGGCAAAUAUAUGUUAUUUCCAAAUUAUAUGGCCAUCGUGUACAAGAUAAAUCGAUCUCUUGAUCAUAUACUCUGAUUGAAAGUCACUUGAGGCUGCAUGCAUCGUUAAACACUAUUUUUAAUACAGUCAAUGAAGCGUCAAAUAAGAAUAAACAACAUAAGAUGAUCAGGAGAAAAUAAAUACUAGCAUGAAGAACGAAGACAUAUGAUAACAUAAGUAUAGAUCAGGAAAAUAAUUAUGAAGAACGAGGACAAAUGGAGAUUUUUAUUAGCAGGUGUUUCCAAUAUGUGUGGCGCUACAGCUACAAAUCCAUUAGAUGUCAUUAAAAUUCGAAUGCAGUUAGAAAAUGAACUAACUCGACAAAAAGGACUAGACGUUUUAAGGAAUAGGUAUUAUGAGGGUGUCAUCAAAGGUGGGAUUCAAAUUUACAAAGAUGAAGGAAUCCGAGGUCUAUAUAAAGGUUUGUUGCCGUCUAUGAUGAGAGAAGGUCUCUAUAGUGGGAUUCGUUUAGGUGCAUAUGAGCCAAUCAAAGUUCUCCUUGGAGCAAAAGAUAAAGCACACACACCAUUGUGGAAGAAGAUUUGUGCUGGCGCCGUAUCAGGUGUGAUAGGCAGUUCUAUAGCAACCCCUACGGAUCUAGUGAAAGUUAGGAUGCAGGCAUGCACUCAUGGACAUUUGACGGGGGACAAAACACCCCGUUAUAAAAGUACGUAUUCAGCUUUUGCAGAAAUAAUUGGAAAGGAAGGAGUAAAAGGAUUAUAUGUAGGUGUUGGACCAACUGUAAAAAGGGCAGCAAUUCUUACGGCAACGCAGAUCCCAAGUUAUGAUCAUACUAAGCACACGAUACUGAACUUGAAAUGGAUGGACGAAGGGCCACAACUACAUGUAAUAUCAUCUAUGGUAGCUGGUUUCAUGGCAGCACUUACUACCUCGCCAGUAGAUGUCGUCAAAACUAGAAUCAUGAACCAGAAAUACGAACAUCAUCAUCAGAAGGUUUAUACGGGUACAUUUGACUGUUUGAUGAAAAUUGUCAAAACAGAAGGAUUUUUGGGACUUUAUAAAGGAUUUAUACCUAACUGGAUGAGAAUUGGUCCUCAUACCGUUAUAUCAUUUUUUAUAUUCGAACAGUUAAGACUAUUUGUUGGAAUGGAUCCUGUUUGAUGUAAGAGAGGACUAGGAGUGUUUUGCAGUUUAGUGUUUGACGCUUCUCAGGAAACACAUAAACAGUUUAAUCCACGAGAUAUUUUUAUCCAUAUACAUGUAUAUUAAGUUUUUUUUUAUAUUUAAAGUAAUUUUUAACUCAUUUGGCAGAAGGGAAGAGUGAGCUGAUGCUAUCACUUAGCGUCCGUCGUCCACCGUUCAAAUUUUUUAUUUCAAAUAUCUUCUCGUCAGAAACUACUUAUCUAAUUCAAAACUUAACAAUUAUCAUCCCAAGGGUGUCUAUAGUUUAGUGUAUUAAACAUAUUAUAGUCCAUGGACCAACAAAGUUGCCAUAGUUAAAAUAGAACAUAAGGGUAAAAUGCAAGUACACAUCUAAUAUAUAUAUAUAGAUACAGGAAAUCUUACCGGAACAAGUAUGUCCAAAGUGUCAAGAUCUAUCUUCUGCAUAUCUACUCCCCAAAUUAUCGAGCACUCCUUAAAGGAGAUUUUGCUUUUAAUUGAUCCAUGUUGAACAAUAAAUGCAGUUCUUCUUUGUGUGUUCAGCUGUUAAUUUGUGUUAUUUAGAUUUAUCAACCUAUAUGGCCGCCAUAACAAAGGGUUUAAUUUCCAAUAAUUUUCUUAUAUAUAUCUCAAAAUCUAUAGCAGCAAAGUAAAUUAUGACAUGGGCCAUGGACAGUCAAUUUCUGUUGUAACUCCAUCAAAUCUGUCAGACGAUUCCUUAUUGGAAUAAUGAAUUUUACAAUUCUAGCAGUUUUCAAAAUUAUCUUUGAAUAAAUUGAAUUGAGAUCUGAA